GACUUUUUCAAUCUUCUCCCUAUAUUUUCUGCUUCUUCCCUUUUCGCACAAUUCCGCUUCAUUCGCUCUAUGGACGGACUCGGCCUCCUCAAUGGCGCCUUCUCAUGUGCCCCGAGCUUCAUUUCCUGACUGCUCAAAACGCCGGCUCAAACAGCUCCACUGCCCAGUGCAGGUAGAAAGUCGAUAUACCGAGUAGCAGGCCACAAGCACUACUCAAAUAUAGAGAGGACCAUCGAUAAGCCUGAAUCGAGGGCGACGAUGGGUUGGGGUGAUGAGGGCAAGAAAGCCAAUUGUGGAAGCCAACGAAGCGCGGUCUCCGUCUAACCGCGCUAUGUACGAUGCUAUCUGGGUUGACUGGGAAGGAAACUCGAGGAGAGGUGUCGCCCCGCUUUUUGACUGUUCGGGAGCUAGAAUGGGGCACGAGAGAUGGGUGUACUGGGAAGAAUAUUCACAAUGGUAGAGUCCUCGCGAGAGCUGGAACUGGACUCAACGCCGAGGCAAUAUUCGUCGACAGUCUCUUGGUGAUAGAGAAAAAAAUCGCUGCUAUUGGAAUUCGGAAAGAAAUAGAACCAGCAGACUUGACAGGGUUCCAGGUUCAUGAUUUGCAGCAGCGAACAGUCCUUCCAGGCUUCAUUGACGGCCACAUGCACCUCCUCCUGCUAGGACAGUCUCUUCGGAAACUCGACUUGUCAAAUUGCAAGACGCUGAACGACAUCCGAUCGAGCAUCAAAUCGUACGCAAAGGCAAACCCUAGUCUUCCAACAAUCCUCUGCAAAGGAUGGAGGUAUUCAAUGACUCCGAACGGGGACCCUACGGUUCGAACCAAAUUCCCUGUGAAAGGAAUACCAACACUCGAUGACAUUGAUCCACGCCCUAUAUUUGUCGAUGCGAGUUCGCUACACUCAUCUUGGUGUAACACCGCAGCUUUGAAAGAACUUGGGGUCGCCGACAUGCCGGAUCCAGCAGGCGGACGCAUUCAUCGCGAUGAACACGGGAACCCCUCUGGUGUUCUUGACGAAGGGGCAAUGAUGUCCAUCAUCUGGCCGUACCAGGCCUCAUCAUCCCCCAAAGAAGAGCGCAUCAAAGCCAUUGUCGCUGCAGUAAAGGAUUACAACGCAGCAGGAUACACGGGCGUGGUGGAGAUGGCAAUGGACGAGGAGGCCUGGGACGCAAUCAUCACCCUUCGAGAUACCCAGCCCGAUAUCCCGAUCCGUGUGGCUGCGUACUGGCUGAUCAAGCCAACAACGGAUCAAGAGGCCAACUCUCGUCAAGUGAUUUGCGAUGGCAUUAUCGACGCCUGCACGGCGUUUCUCUCGGAACCGUACGCACCCGCAGGGAAGCCCCCACCGAUUUGGGCACCAGAGUAUCUGGAACCCGUUGUCAAGGAAGCAAAUGACGGUUGUCUCCAGGUCGCACUACAUGCCAUUGGAGAUGCCGCGGUUAGAAUGGCAAUCGACGCCAUCGAGAAGCACACCACCGCUGGCCGCCGCCAUCGCAUCGAACAUCUGGAACUCGCGUCACCAGAAGACGCAGCUCGUCUAGACCGCUGUCAUCGGGCAUUCGCCUACCGAGAAUUCGCUGACUCAGGGGUCUUGAUGGCUAUCGGCAGCGAUAGUCCAACUUCGCCGUGGGCACCGAUGGAGAAUCUGUACGUUGCGGCUAUGAGGCGGUCUGCAAGGGAUCUAACUUUCACUGGGACUUUCAACGAGCACUUCCGACUUGGAUUCUAUGAGUCUGUUACAGCCGCUACUUGGGGCGCUGCUAGCAGUGUGUUUGACGAGGAGCGUACAGGGAGUCUUGCAGCUGGGAAGUGCGCUGAUUUCAUUGUGGUCGAUAUGAAGUGGGACGAGAAGAGCAUAUUGCAGGCUCAAGUGGAAGAGACUUGGUUCGGAGGCCGGAAAGUCUGGGAUGUCCGGGACUCAACAUCGACUUAA